AUGUCCGAUAUCGAAAAUACACAAGUACCAAAGACUCAAGAACCUCAAGUUGAAGAGGGAUUUGAACCUAAGGAAACCCUACAACAAGAACAAGAAGAGCCAAAGCAAGCAUUGAAGCAAGCUGAGGAACAACCAAAGAAACAAGCUGAAGAACAACCAAAGAAGCAAGCUGAGGAUGUGAAAGAAAAGAAAUCUCUUUUCAAGAAAAUCACUGGCAAGAUCAAGUCUUUCGUUAGCUAA